AUGCUUCUGCACAAGCGUAUCCUGAGUUUCACUCCAUCUUUCACACCAUGUAUGUUUAUUUCCGUUCUGCUGGUUCUGCUCCCAGGAGUCACUCACUUCUCCCAGGGCAGCGCCAGCCACGAAGAUGCUGGCGAUACACCAGGCAACUGCUCCAGUGAAGACAACUGCUCCGAUGGCGUGGUGCUGCCCAUGUGGAACCCCCAAAACCCUGCUGUGGGUGACAAGGUGGCACGCGCCAUUGUUUACUUUGCAGCCCUCAUAUACAUGUUCCUGGGCAUGUCCAUCAUUGCAGACCGCUUCAUGUCUUCUAUUGAGGUCAUCACCUCUCAGGAAAAGGAGAUCACUAUCAAGAAGCCCAACGGGGAGACGACAACGACUACUGUGCGCAUCUGGAAUGAGACGGUAUCCAACCUGACCCUGAUGGCGCUGGGCUCGUCUGCACCAGAGAUCCUGCUGUCUGUCAUUGAAGUGGUUGGCCAUAACUUUGAGGCUGGAGCGUUGGGUCCCAGCACCAUUGUGGGCAGCGCUGCGUUCAACAUGUUCAUCAUCAUCGCUAUCUGCGUCUACGUGGUGCCAGACAAUGAAACCCGCAAGAUAAAGCACCUGCGGGUGUUUUUUGUCACUGCUGCCUGGAGUAUGUUCGCCUACGUGUGGCUGUAUCUCAUCCUGUCUGUGUUCUCCCCCGGAGAGGUGGAGGUCUGGGAGGCCGUCCUCACCUUCCUCUUCUUCCCCCUCUGCGUGCUGCAAGCUUGGAUUGCAGACCGGCGCCUGCUGUUCUACAAGUAUGUCCAUAAGCGUUAUCGUGCUGACAAGAACCGCGGCAUUAUCAUCGAGUCAGAGGGAGACGCCAUGUUCACUAAAAUGGACUUGGAGAUGGACGGCCAAGGUGUGAACUCCCACACUCACCCCAAAGAGGCACUGGAUGGGAUGCUGGAGGGGGUGGAGGAAGGUGGAGGGAUGAGCGCGGAGCAAGAUCAAGAGGAAGAGGCCCGACGGGAGAUGGCUCGCACUCUGAAGGACUUAAAACAGAGGCACCCGGAGAAGGACAUGGAGCAGCUGAUUGAGAUGGCCAAUUACCAGGUGCUGGUCCAACAGCAGAAGAGCCGGGCCUUCUAUCGCAUACAAGCCACGCGCAUGAUGAUCGGAGCGGGGAACAUCUUGAAGAAGCACGCCGCUGACCAGGCCAGGAAGGUGGUGAGCUGCCAUGAGGCCAGCGGGCAAGAGGAGGAUCCCAACACCAUCUACCUGCAGUUUGAGCCCUCUCACUACCAGUGCUUUGAGAACUGCGGCUCAUUAAAGCUGUCAGUGAGCCGGCAUGGAGGAGAAAGUGGCUGCACUGUGAAGGUGGAUUACCGCACAGAAGAUGCGACUGCCAAUGCCGGCUCAGACUAUGAGUUUGCUGAGGGAACUUUGGUCUUCAAGCCUGGUGAGACAACGAAAGAGUUCACUGUCGGCGUCAUUGAUGAUGAUAUUUUUGAAGAGGAUGAGCACUUCUACGUGCGCCUAAGCAAUCCACGCAUCGUGCACCGAGCUGAGGUCUCCGUCCUGGAGCCAAGCUCCAUCACCUCCAGCAACAGCACAGUGGGCCUGUCCUCUCACGUUCCUCCGAAGGCAGCCCUGGGCAACGCUCACACCGCCACGGUUACCAUCUACGAUGACGACCACGCCGGCAUUUUUACGUUUGAGAGUAAGUCCACGAGGGUCAGCGAGAGCGUCGGCAACAUGCAGGUGAAGGUUCACCGGACGUCCGGGGCGAGGGGGAAGGUGGCGGUGCCCUACCACACCGUCGAGGGCACCGCCAAGGCAGGGGAGGACUACGAGGAGGUGUCCGGCAAGCUGGAGUUUCAGAACGACGAGACCAUGAAGCUGCUGAAUGUGAAGAUCAUCGAUGACGAGGAGUACGAGAAGAACAAGACUUUCACGAUCGUGUUGGAGGAGCCCAUCCUGCUGGAGGUGGGGCAGAGACAUGGAGACACCAAUGAUAACAAGACAGCAGUGGGACCGGAGGACGUGUCAAAGAUGGGCUGCCCCUGCCUGGGCGAGCACACUAAGCUGGAGGUGGUCAUUGAGGAGUCCUAUGAAUUCAAGAGCACGGUGGACAAGCUGAUCAAGAAGACGAACCUGGCUCUGGUGGUGGGGAGCAGCAGCUGGAGAGAGCAGUUUGUUAGUGCUGUCACUGUCAGUGCAGGUGACGAUGAUGAGGAGGAGAGCGGGGAGGAACGCUUGCCGUCCUGCUUUGAUUACAUUAUGCACUUCCUGACAGUUUUCUGGAAAGUCCUCUUUGCUUUUGUCCCACCCACUGAGUACUGGAACGGCUGGGCCUGCUUCUUCGUGUCCAUUUCCCUCAUCGGCGUUCUGACAGCUGUGACCGGGGACCUGGCCUCCCACUUCGGCUGCACCAUCGGUCUCAAAGACUCGGUCACCGCUGUGGUGUUCGUGGCCCUCGGCACCUCCGUUCCAGACACAUUUGCGAGUAAAGUAGCUGCCAUCCAGGACCAGUACGCCGACGCCUCCAUCGGCAAUGUGACGGGCAGCAACGCGGUGAAUGUGUUCCUGGGCAUCGGGGUGGCGUGGACCAUCGCGACCGUUUACUGGCAUACCAAAGGCAAGGUGUUCAAGGUGAACCCGGGCUCCCUGGCCUUUUCCGUCACCCUCUUCACCAUCAUGGCGCUGGUGUGCGUGCUGGUGCUGCUCUACCGCCGGCGUCCCAGCGUGUCCGGCGGAGAGCUCGGGGGCCCACGGACACCCAAGCUCCUCACCUUCUUCAUGUUCCUCUCCCUGUGGUUCAUCUACAUCCUGUUGGCCUCCCUGGAGGCGUACUGCCACGUGCCUGGCUUCUGA